AUGACAUUUGGAAAUUAUGUUUUAUUUAAUUUACUUGUUGCUAUUCUUGUUGAAGGAUUUUCUACAGAAAAAAUGAGUAAUAAUUUUGAUACUGGAAGUGAUAUUGAUAUAACUGAUAAUUCACAUGAUUUAAUUAGUGAUGAAACAGAAACUCUUAAUUGUAUAACACUUGCUAUGGAACAUCCAUCGAUUCCAACAAUAAGUCCUGAACGACAAUUUUUAAAUUUAACAAAUAUAAUAUUUACAAUAGAAAUGUUGACAAAAGUAAUAGUAAGUGAAUUUAUAUUUGGAUUGCAUACCUAUUUACUUAUCAGUCAAGUACCUGGUCUUAAACUUGUUGUACAAACAUUACUUUCAUCAUUACGACUAAUUGGUUAUAUUGUUGUUAUAUGUUGUCUAUUUGCUCGUAAUAUAAUAACGCGACAACAAUGUGAAUCAUUGUCUGAUUAUUGUUGGAAAAAUCAACAAUAUAAUUUUGAUAAUUUAGUUCAAAUUAUUGCUCUUGGAACAUUACGUUAUUUUAAAGACAAAUGGAAUCAACUUGAUAUAACAAUAGUUAUAUUAUCAAUAGCUGGAAUUAUUUUAGAAAAAAAUGAAUAGGAUGUAUUACGUCAAGAUGAUUUUCCACAAUAUGGAGAAAAUCAUUUAAUGACAGUAUUAGCACUGAUUUAUUUUGUUAUAUUUGUUCUUGUUAAUGUUGUUGUUGCUGUUUUAAUGAAAAAACUUGAUGAAUCAAAUCGAAUAAUGUCUGAUGAUACUGAAAUAGAUGAAGAAAUUGAAUGA